UAAAAUGAUGUUGAUAACGUGGAGUGUAGUAUUAGUAUAGUGUGCUUCAGUGGUUUUCGAAGAUUUUCAUCCUCAGUUUCGGGAAUAUUACCCAAAAAACAACAACAAAUACGAUAAUCUACGGCCACUGAACUUUUCAUUCAAUUUUUUUUUUUUGUAUUUCUACUAAAACUGGGAUACAUGUUAAACAUGUCGACACACAUAUCGGGCUGUGCGAAUUACAUUGUCCAUGUUUUGAGUGGUUUUUUGUGAAGUUUUCGUGAAUAAAAUUGAACGAACAGAGAGAAAAAAAAUCGAAUUAAUUACACUCGGUUUGGUGUUGAAAAGCAUCAACCACGUUCUGGUUAUGCUGUAAAAUAGGGCAUUUAAAUGUGGUUUUAUGUGGAAUAGGCGUUGUCGUGGAUGUAUAUUCGGUUCUUGAUUUAUAUAAAAAAAAAUUACUUUUCGUUGCCGUUUAAAAUGAUUUCCAUUUCGUUUGAUUGAAAAUUCCAAGAUUUUCCUUACAAUGGAAAAGCUAACCAAUGGAUGUGUGUGAAAUAUGUUCCGAAGAAAUUUUCCGUUUUGUUGGUGAAUGUGAACUGAUGAAUUUUGUGUUUCUGUUAUGCACAACAUCGUAACAGAAAAGAAGAACAGGAGCAAACAAUUUUCCACUACAUCAAAGCGACCAACUUGAUUCGUUUUUCUUAUUGUGGAUUGUCUAGCGAGUAAUUUUAUGGAAAUUCAUAGCACAGAGGAUCAGUAUGAGCACGCCGAUUCUGCUCAACGUCAUAAAGGUGUUAACAGCGGCCAAGGCGAAGUGCAAAUUUCCGCAACUUCGACACAACGGCAAUCAUUACCAAAUCAUACAGGACAUAAGAUCGGAUCGACAGGGCCCACAAAUACAGAAUAUAAUAACAAUAGCAAACUUGUUAACAACAAAAAUAAUACUGCGAACGGUAGUGUUACUGACGUUGUUGGCUGUACCAGGGAAACAGAUACUGAAAAUCGCAGAAGGAACGGUGAACAUUCUGUACAAAGUGUCGCUGUAGAUACACGACCCAGUGGUGAUAGAUGUGUUAAUAGUGUACAUAGUAGUAGUAGCAAUAGUGGACGUGGUCGUACCAAGUCAGCCAACGGUAAAUCAACCUUCUUUCGACGAAGACGCCAGCCGUCUUUGGUAAAUAAUAGUGUAUGGCAACAGACGCUUAACGCAACGACAGCCGCUAUGAGUACGGCGGCAGCGCCAACUAUGGGUACCGAAGUGGGUGCAACAAAUGGAACAACAAUUGGCAAUAAAGCAGGAACGGUUCCUGCUCCACCGAAGCGACUGGUUCGCCGAAGUGGUAAACCUCAACCGGAAAGACCAGUGAGGGCGUUGUUCUGUCUCGGAUUGAAAAAUCCAAUUAGGAAAUUAUGCAUUACCGUCACGGAAUGGAAACCGUAUGAAUAUUUAAUUUUAUUAACUAUAUUUGCCAAUUGUAUCGCAUUGGCUGUGUUUACUCCGUACCCGUUCACCGAUUCAAAUGCAACAAAUGCAGCUUUGGAAAGCGUCGAGUACGUAUUUUUAGUCAUUUUUACCACUGAGUGUGUAAUGAAAAUUAUAGCACUCGGAUUUAUGAUGCAUCCCGGCUCGUAUCUGCGUAACGGAUGGAAUUUAUUAGAUUUCUUUAUUGUUGUUAUAGGUAUGAUAAGUUUGAUACUGCAAAGUAUAAAACUGGAUGGUUUUGAUGUGAAAGCAUUGCGUGCAUUUAGAGUGCUACGACCACUUAGACUAGUAUCCGGAGUGCCAAGCCUUCAAGUUGUACUAAACUCAAUUCUUCGUGCCAUGGUGCCUUUACUACACAUUGCCCUGUUGGUUAUAUUCGUUAUUAUAAUUUACGCAAUCAUUGGAUUGGAAUUGUUUUCCGGCAAAAUGCAUACGACUUGCUACAACAGUAAAAAUGAAACAAUGGACGAUCCGCAUCCUUGUGGAGACGACGGCGGUUUCAUUUGUAAGAACCUUGAUCCCGAUUAUGCGUGUAAAAACAAUUGGGAAGGUCCGAAUUACGGUAUAACCAACUUCGAUAAUUUUGGUUUAGCUAUGUUAACGGUCUUCCAGUGCAUAACAUUGGAGGGCUGGACUGAAGUUCUAUACAACAUUCAAGAUGCCCUGGGCAGUACGUGGCAAUGGAGUUAUUUUGUGUCGAUGGUUAUAUUGGGUGCAUUUUUUGUGAUGAAUCUAAUUUUGGGUGUGUUGAGUGGUGAAUUUUCCAAAGAGCGUACAAAGGCCAAAAAUCGUGGAGACUUCCAGAAACUACGUGAAAAGCAACAAAUUGAAGAGGAUCUGCGUGGUUACUUGGAUUGGAUAACACAGGCAGAAGAUAUUGAACCAGACGCGGAGGGAACGAAUGCCCAAAGCGGCAAAAUGAAAAUCCAAAAUGACUUAAUGGAUUCUCAAGAUCAACUGGGCGAAGAAGGCGAAAUGAUACAAGAAUCGUGGAUUAGUAUUAAGAAAAAAGAAUUCGAUCGCAUAAAUCGUCGAAUGAGACGAGCUUGUCGAAAGGCUGUGAAGUCACAGGCGUUUUACUGGCUGAUUAUUGUUCUUGUAUUUUUGAACACAGGCGUUCUAGCUACUGAACAUCAUAAGCAACCACCUUGGUUAGAUGAAUUUCAAGAUCAAACGAAUAUGUUCUUCGUAGCACUGUUUACAAUGGAAAUGUUACUCAAAAUGUACAGUCUCGGCUUCCAAGGCUACUUCGUAUCACUCUUUAACCGCUUCGACUGUUUCGUCGUAUUUGGCAGCAUUUUCGAAUUGAUUCUGACGAAAACGCACUUAAUGCCCCAGCUAGGAAUAUCCGUUUUACGCUGUGUGAGGCUGUUACGUGUAUUUAAAGUGACCAAAUAUUGGCGUUCGCUGUCCAAUUUAGUUGCGUCUCUCCUGAAUUCAAUUCAAUCGAUCGCAUCACUUUUGUUGUUGUUGUUUCUGUUCAUUGUAAUCUUUGCACUGCUCGGUAUGCAAGUGUUUGGUGGAAGAUUCGAUUUUAAUCCGACCCAGGAAAAGCCCAGAUCAAAUUUCGAUAGUUUCUGGCAGAGUUUGCUGACGGUGUUUCAGAUAUUAACGGGCGAAGAUUGGAACACCGUUAUGUACGACGGCAUUCGAGCAUAUGGUGGUGUAAAAACACCUGGUGUUAUUGCGUGCAUUUAUUUCAUCAUUUUAUUCAUUUGCGGUAAUUACAUAUUGUUAAACGUUUUCUUGGCCAUUGCCGUUGACAAUUUGGCCGAUGCUGAUUCGUUGACAGAAAUAUCCAAAGAAGAGGAGGACGAAAACAAACCAAAAUCGCAUAGUCCUACGCCAAUAUUGGAAGGUGAUGACGAAGACAUGCACGAUGAUGAUUUGGAUCUCGACGAUAUGGGCAAUAUGUCUGAAUGUGAAGGUGAUAAAACGCUUUCGGAAACGAAAAUCCGAUUAGACGAAGAUGACGAGGGCUACGAAGAGGAAGAACCAGAUCAGGAAGACGAAGUUGUUGUUAGUUCGGCUCGCCCUAGACGAAUGUCAGAAGUAAAUAGUGAACCGACGCAAAUAUUACCCAUACCGCCUGCAAGAUCAUUUUUUAUAUUUUCACAGACCAGCAGAUUUCGGGUAUUUUGUCAUUGGCUGGCGAACCACAACCAUUUUAGUAAUAUAAUAUUGUUAUGCAUUUUGUUAUCGUCGGCUAUGUUAGCAGCUGAGGACCCGAUACCCGCUAACGAAAACAAGAUUCUCAUUAAUUUCGACCUUAUCUUCACGGGAAUAUUCACAGUUGAGCUGGCACUAAAACUGGUUGCGUAUGGAUUCAUACUGCAUAAGGGAUCGUUUUGUCGUUCCGCUUUUAACCUACUCGAUCUACUGGUAGUAUGCGUGUCGCUGAUAUCAGCCUUCAAUAGUAAGGGAGCAAUAUCAGUGGUGAAAAUUUUGCGUGUGUUCCGUGUACUGCGUCCAUUGCGAGCUAUUAAUCGAGCGAAGGGAUUGAAGCAUGUAGUGCAGUGCGUUAUAGUCGCGGUUAAAACUAUUGGAAAUAUUGUGCUCGUCACAUGUCUACUGCAAUUCAUGUUUGCCGUUAUAGGAGUUCAAUUGUUUAAGGGGAAAUUUCAAUCUUGCACGGAUGGUUCGAAAAUGAAAGAAUUAGACUGCAAUGGUACAUACUUGUCGUUCAAAAGUGGAGAUGUCAACAAUCCAGUGGAGGAGGAAAGGAAAUGGGACACGAAUAAAUUUAACUUUGAUAAUGUAGCAAAAGCAAUGUUAACCUUGUUCACGGUUUCCACUUUUGAAGGCUGGCCAGCACUGCUCUACGUUUCCAUCGAUUCCAAUGCAGAAAAUGGCGGUCUAAUACACAAUUUUCGUCCGAUGGUGGCCGCCUACUACAUCAUCUACAUUAUUAUCAUUGCCUUUUUCAUGGUGAACAUAUUCGUCGGUUUCGUUAUCGUCACUUUUCAAAAUGAGGGCGAACAGGAGUACAAAAAUUGUGAGCUCGACAAAAAUCAACGAAAUUGCGUUGAAUUUGCGCUCAAAGCCAAGCCGGUUCGACGUUACAUUCCGAAGCAUCGGAUUCAAUACAAAAUUUGGUGGUUCGUCACAUCGCAGCCGUUUGAGUACACGAUUUUCAUUUUGAUUAUGAUAAAUACGGUGACGCUGGCCAUGAAAUUCUACAAUCAACCGCAAUGGUAUACCGACAUGUUAGAUCAUAUGAAUUUGAUAUUUACGGCUGUGUUUGCACUGGAAUUCGUAUUCAAACUGGCUGCAUUCCGAUUCAAGAAUUACUUUGGCGAUGCCUGGAAUGUGUUCGAUUUCAUCAUCGUUCUGGGCAGUUUCAUUGAUAUUAUCUAUUCGGAAGUGUCGCACGGUAAAAAGACUCCUGAUGCUCCUCCUCCAGAAAAAAAAGGCGUCGGCGGCGGUGGUCUUUCCAUCAAUUUUUUUCGUUUGUUCCGUGUCAUGCGUCUGGUGAAAUUGCUUAGUCGUGGUGAAGGCAUUCGAACGCUUCUUUGGACGUUUAUUAAGUCAUUUCAGGCGUUGCCAUACGUUGCCUUACUAAUAGUGAUGCUAUUCUUUAUAUACGCCGUCAUUGGAAUGCAGACAUUCGGCAAAAUCAGAAUUGACGACGAAACAUCGAUCAGCCGAAACAAUAACUUCCAGACUUUUCCACAAGCAGUUUUGAUACUGUUCAGAUCAGCCACCGGUGAAGCAUGGCAGGACAUUAUGAUGGCUUGUGCGAACAUCGAGCUCAAAGUUCUAUGCGAUGAACGAACGCAAGAAUAUACGGACGCUUUAGAGGCGGGAAAAGAGAAUGAAGUAUCGUGCGGCUCCGACAUAACAUUUCCCUAUUUCAUUUCAUUCUACGUGCUGUGUUCGUUUCUGAUCAUAAAUCUAUUCGUUGCCGUCAUCAUGGACAAUUUCGACUAUUUGACGCGGGACUGGUCUAUCUUAGGUCCGCACCAUUUGGACGAAUUCAUUCGUUUGUGGAGUGAAUACGACCCGGACGCAAAAGGUCGCAUCAAGCAUCUGGAUGUGGUUACUCUGUUGCGGAAAAUCUCUCCGCCAUUGGGCUUCGGAAAACUGUGUCCACAUCGUGUUGCUUGUAAACGACUUGUGUCGAUGAACAUGCCACUGAACAGCGACGGGACCGUUCUCUUCAACGCAACGUUGUUCGCUGUUGUUCGAACAUCGUUGAAAAUUAAGACCGAAGGCAAUAUAGACGACGCAAAUGCUGAGCUGCGGGCAGUUAUCAAGCAAGUUUGGAAAAGAACCAGCCCGAAGUUACUGGAUCAAGUUGUACCGCCACCGGGUGUCGACGACGAAGUCACUGUCGGUAAAUUUUAUGCGACAUUCUUGAUUCAAGACUAUUUCCGACGGUUUAAAAAGCGCAAGGAACAGGAAAUGAAAGAAGGGGCCGGAGACUUUAGCAAUACAGUCACACUACAAGCUGGAUUGAGAACAUUACACGAAGCUGGACCCGAACUUAAACGAGCCAUUUCUGGCAAUUUAGACGAAUUGAUGGAAGAACCAGAACCAAUGCAUCGGCGAAACCACACGCUGUUCGGAAGUGUCUGGUCGUCGAUGCGACGAAAAGGACAAGCACCGUUUUCGCGACGUGCCAUUGCAGCCAAAUCGAGCAAUUACAUUGACAAGACAUCGUUUGCGAUGGAUGGCAAAGGCAGCAUCGAAGACGGUAAAGACGAAGUGUACGGUUCGAUGCAACGUGGCCUGUCCGAUGGCAUGAAUCACAUUGCCAAAUCGAUAAUGCAAAGCCGCAUUGGUGGAUUGAGUGGUGGAGGCAGCAGUGAGAUUAUCAAUGAUAUGGUCAGUAGUACGGGUGAAUUGCAGCCACACAGACGGGAAAACAUUCCGAUGCGGCCAUUGAUGAUAAACGGCGCUGGCGGUAAAGAUACUGACCGAAUUAUUCGGAAUAAUGAUCAACAGGACAAUACCAAUCGUCCGCUGACAUCGUCUGUUUCACCAACUCAACCAGCCAUUCAUUCAUCUCAAAUGGUCAAUCAAAACAAUUAUCAUUCCAAUCCUGACAUAACGGCACACUUGAUACCACCGACACCACCUCCGCGUCGAACACUAACGCGACUCGGUUGUAUCGCUCUGAAUGACUCGAAAAAUGGUAGUAUCGACGACUCAGAUGGAUCGGUAAUAACGACCAGCACCACAUCAACCAAUGAUGUGUUUAAGAGUAGCUCUAAACGUCCGGACGAUAAAUUCAAAUUGAUUGAAAAUGCGAAGGCAAAAAAGGGCAUCGAAAAGAGUCGCAUUGGCGGCUCUGCGUCGUCGCUGAGGCUUCGUCGUGUUGCUAGUGGUCUACGAUUGGCACAGUCACAGGCUAUGGCAGUUGCGGGCUUUUUACCCGAUGACAUGGAAAUGAGUCAAUUGGAUGGGACACGCUUUUUGAAUGCUCCAAACAUUGCGUUCGGCAGAUCGUUGAGUAGUGGCGCGAAUACGGGUGGUAUUACAGCCGGUGACAGCAAUAUCGGUCAGCUCAACCAACGAGCAUCGUUUCACGGAAGAGCAAUAGCAGCCGAUCAGAACGGUAGCACGGGCUUUGAACGAUUAGUUCAAUCGACUCCAGGCAGUCCGCAAGAUCGUCGCCCUAAUUCGUUCGAGGUGAUUGGGUCAGCAGAGAGUUUAGUUGGUCGAGUACUUGUUGAACAAGGUCUUGGCAAAUAUUGUGAUCCUGACUUUGUGCGUUACACAUCGCGUGAAAUGCAAGAAGCAUUAGAUAUGACUAGUGAAGAAAUGGACAUGGCCGCUCAUCAAUUACUCCUGCAAGAGCGAUCCCGUCAAAUCGGUGGCAGUCCUCCAACAGCAGCAUCCCCACAACAACAACAGCAGCAGCAACAACAGCAGCAAUCUCCAAAUAACAUUCAUGCAACAAGAUCGACCAACAACAGCAACACAUACUCAAAAUUAUAACACAAAUUGGAUAAAUUGUGACAAUGUUAUGCUUGGUUUGUUGAAUUUUUAGUUCGAUUUUUUUAUUUGAACAUUUUUUAAAGAGAAACAAUUUUUUUUAUUUUAAAUUGUUGUGUCAACAUUUAUAGUAAAUUAUAAGAUGUAGGAGUGGAUAUAAAUGAACAUUUUUUAGCAAAGUGAAAUUGGUUUCUGACAGACAAUUAUUAUAUUAUAGUUACCGUAAAAAAUAAUUAAAAAAUUUUAAUAGAAAAACAAAACAAACAAGAGGAAAAAAAACCUAAGACAAAAUGCCAAACAAAAAAACUAAUAAAAAAUAAUUAUUUAAAGUAUCCGUGCGAAAAAUCGCGCAAAGUUUUUAUUUAUUUUUUUAUAUUUUAAAAACAGUUACAUUCCAGCCCCUUCUGUCAGAAAAAGUCGGCUCGCUCGCUUUAAGUUUUACGAAUUUUAUUCUUUAUCUCAUGUGAUUGAGCAUGAAAAGUGUGGAACUCAAUUCUUUUCAGAAAAAUGGGAAAUCGUUUUUUCGACCGGAAAAGCGGUUUAUCCAGUGAGCAACAUCUCAACUGUCAUUUUUUUCAGAGAAUGUCAUUGUGAAUUUGCAAUGAAACAAUAAAAUUCUCAGAAAAAUUUGACAGUGAGACAUUUGUGAUGUCGUUCACUGUAUGAAAAAAAAGUCAAAUAUCGACAGAACAUGUGAUAAUUCGAAAUUUCUUCUUUUCUUUCAAAAAACAUCAAUAUUUCGUGGAACACGUUUUUUCAUAUGAAACAAAAUGGCGUCGAUAUAGGGAUUUUCCCAAAACGUCAACCGGAAAAUUCAUAAACUUUCCUGACGCAACGGUGUGAGUUGAACUCAAAGUUGAGGAACUUUACUGUCACUUUUUGGGAAAAACCCUAUAUCGACGCCAUUUUGUUUCACAUGAAAAAAUUUGUUCCACGAAAUGUUGGUAUUUAAUCAGGCUGUCAAGGAAAAGAGCAAUUUUCCAUUUUCCAGAAAAAAAUUGAAUUCCAAACUUUUUAGCGCAACAUGAGAACAAAAAAAUCGUAAAAUUGACCAAAUUGACAAAGGGACUGGACUAAUAAUUAAAUGAGAACAGGGACCAUACGUUGUUGAAAUAUCGCAGUUACUAUUUUGAUCGUCUUCAAAAGUCCAUUAA